AUGGAUGAUACUUAUAUGUCCAUGGAAGAAGAACCUCUUUAUAUACACCAUGAUCCAAAGCUGGAAAGAGAUUCUAUACUUAUCAUACAUGCGCAUGAAGGUGCACCAAUUGCUGAAUUCAUUAAGAAAAAUGUGGAAAUAUUCAAUGACCGAUUCAAAAUUGAAGUCAGUAUUUGCGAUAUUGACGAAGUAGAAAGCAGAACUUUGAACUAUCAAGUAACAAUUCUUCUGAUUACUCCGGAAGUGAUAUCCCACCUGAAAGAGAUCACAGACACGCCAUGUCCCUCUUUGCGAUUUUCAAAGAACACAACUUGCGCAUUUCUGGUCCACGAUUCUGUGAACUUUUAUGAUGAAAACAUUGAGACGGUACUCAAAAGCAAAAUUCCAGGUUUUCAUGAUUGGACUGUGCUGAAAAUCGGCUCCUUGAGAUCCACAGUACUUGACAUCGUUAGUUUACUUGAUCAAACGUCGACAGAUUUAUUUCCAGCCACUCUGCAAUACCGAUUGGAGCCAAACUUCAUCAUGACGGACAAGACUCUGGUAUACAUCAUGUUCAAAAAUAAAAAGGAAAAGGGAUCUUCCGUUGUUGUACACGUCAACAGAAGAAACAUUGAAGCCAAAUACCUCAAUCCUUAUACAUACUCUUUUUCUCCAAACGGUUUGCCAUACGGGAGGAAUUCUGUAAACGUGUUUGUUGAUGGGAAAUCUGAGGGUACGACAUGUUUAAUGAUUGGAAACAAAAUGGAUUUCCUGUACAAAGAAAUUGAGGACAUGACAUCUCCGGUGGAAUUUCUUUGUCAAGUGCUGAGGCUUUCUGCAGAGGACAGGGAAAGUUUGGACAGAGAGCUGGGAGACAGAAUAAAUCACAACGUCAUUUCUAAUUUCUCAUUCUUGAAUGAGCUAGACGAACGAUUUUCAUGGCGUGAACAACAGAUUGACAAGGAGUUCCCAACAAUGCUUCACUUUGGCGCUAAAUUCGGGCUGGACUGUUUUUGUCAAGUUUUGAUGAAAGUUCCUGGUUUUGGUAUAGCCCAGACAAUCAGGAAUAAAGAUGGCCAAACUCCAAGUCAAUUAGCUAAAACCACGGGGUUCCAUAGACUCUCUUAUGAGCUCGAUCCUUCGAACAACAUGUUAUCUAAUACUAGUUUACUGGGCGACUUUCACUGCUCUAUUUCAGGUCCACCAGUUUAUUCCAAAUCUAAACAAAGAAGCCAAAGUGAAUCGACCUCCCACGAAGAUAUGGAAGUAACAAGACGACCUCAAACAGAAAGAGCAAAGAUACAGAAAAACAGAAAGGAAUCAGUUUAUCUAAAAUUCUCCAUGUAA